AUGGCACCGAAAAAGCAAGAGGGCACCAUCAGUGCCUUCGAGCGAAGGCGACUCGAGAACAUUGCUGCUAAUAAUGCUCUCCUGCGUGACCUUAGCACCACCGCAGCGAAAAUCAUCCCCGCCCCGAAGCCGACGCCGGUAAAGCGACCAUCGACGACCUCCCGCAGCAAACGCGCACGGGAGCCCGUCAAGCGCGAGUCUGCCCGACCGACACGCCAGAGCAGCCGCCUCGCUGGCCUCGAUGCCGAUUCCGAAGUCCUCAAGCGCAAGGCCGAUGUCGCGGCCGAGGCCGAGGAGGAGAAGGCCAGGCUCAAGAGGCUGCGCGUGAGCGGGGACCUCAAUCUCGGGGACAUCAAGGUCGAGGGCCGCAAGUGGGAAAACGGCGUCGAUGGCAUGGCCGGGCUUAAGGGUCUGGGCCUUGGGAUGCCCGCGCGUGGAGCCCAGCCUGGAGUGCGGACCUUUACUGACGACGACGUGAAGGAGACGACGAAUAAGGACCUGAAGGAGCUGAGACUUCGCAUGAGCGGCUUGAAGCUCUACGAGAAGUGGGCAGUAAAUGGCAAGCCACGCCCCCAAUUCGUCCACAUCAAGCUCGCCCCGCAGCGGAUAUACUCGAUGGGAUUCCACCCUACAGAAGAGAAACCCAUCAUCUUUGCUGGCGACAAGGAGGGCGCGAUGGGGGUUUUCGACGCAUCGCAAGAACCACUGAAGAUCGAAGACGACGAGGACGAGGAGGAAAGCCAUUCCGACCCCGUCAUAUCCGCUUUCACGACUCACUCUCGCACUAUUUCUUCGCUUCACUUCUCUCCCGUCGACGCAAAUGCCGUGUAUUCUGCAUCAUACGAUUCCUCCAUUCGCAAGCUUGAUCUUGAGAAGGGGUUGUCGACCCAGGUCUAUGCGCCGGUAGAUGCCGACGAAGACGCGCCAAUCAGUGCUCUCGACAUGUCGACGUCCGAACCCAACAUCAUCCUAUUUUCCACCCUACAGGGCUCUCUAGGGCGACACGACCUGCGGACCAAGGCCGGCGACGCGGAAAUCUGGGCCUUGACCAGCCACAAGAUCGGUGGUUUCUCGAUUCACCCAUUGCACCCGCACCUGGUCGCAACGGCGUCCCUGGACAGGACCCUCAAGAUCUGGGACCUGCGCAAGGUGAGCGGCCGGGGCGACGAGCGGCGGCCCGCCCUCGUCGGCGAGCACGAAUCCCGUCUCUCCGUCUCGCACGCGAGCUGGAGCCGGGGGGGACACGUCGCCACCUCGAGCUACGACGACACGAUCAAGAUCUACAACUUUGCAGACGCGGGCUCGUGGGCGGCGGGCCACAGCCUCGCGGCCGAGGACAUGGGGCCGGCGCACUCGGUGCGACACAACAACCAGACGGGCCGGUGGGUGACGAUUCUCAAGCCGCAGUGGCAGGCCAGGCCCCGGGACGGGCUGCAGAGGUUCGUCAUCGGUAAUAUGAACCGCUUCGUCGACGUGUUCGCCGCCGACGGCGAGCAGCUGGCUCAGCUUGGCGGCGACGGCAUCACGGCUGUGCCGGCGGUGGCGCAUUUCCACCCGACCAUGGACUGGGAGAACACUGUGCUGUGUAUUACGCGAUAUAAAAGACGUCGCGAAGGACAUCACACCCCUACCAUGGAUCUGCCGGAGCGGCUGAAGGAUAAUGGUGGCGACACAGAUGUCGAAGAGGAGGUGCUGCAGCCGCAGGGAAUGGGGGGAGGCAUGUUUAUGAACAUGAACCAGAGCAUAUUUGGUCUGAUCGCGGCGGCGGGGAGCAGAGCCGACUUUACCAACAGAUUUGAAGGCCACAGCAGUGAUGAGGAGGGUGAUGAGGAUGACGAGAGCCCCAUGUCCAUGACAGAGCUUCGGCACGGCGAAGGUUCACGGCGCAGAGAUGGUCGUGAUGGGAUCAGCCAAACUAUCGCUCAGACCACCGUACUCAAAAAGCCAGGCACACUACCGAACAAGCCGACUCACCACCGACGCAAGUUAUCCGAGAGCAGACUCCUCCGCUCCGUACCCGUCCUGUCAAAGCUGUCCAUCAAAUCGCGAUCCAAAUCGAAAGGAAAGGCCAUCAAAGAACAGAUACCUGAGGACGACUCGUCGGCCAGCUCUCCUGUUCCCCCGUCGCCGGCGAUAGAGGUCACGCGUGCCGAGGGCCGCCUAGCCCCGGUCAUGAGCAGGAUGCUCGAGGCAAGGGCCGAGAUGGCUGCGCGGCCGAGUUUCGAUCUGGAGAGGUCAUCCAGCGACCAUAGACGCGAUGCCGAGUCGGGCGACGCUGGGCCCACGGAGCUGGCCAAGAAGUUGAAGGAAAUAUUUGAGUUUGACCAUCCAGAGGAAGUCAUAGAGGAGUACCCAUGCUGGCUGCUCCAACACGUUCUCCUCCAAGGGUACAUGUACAUCACGGCGAGACACAUCGCAUUCUAUGCCUACCUCCCCAAGAAGGCACACGAGGUCGCCAAGUCGGGCUACCUGUCAAAGAGCGGGAAGAGGAACCCCAAGUACAACCGGUACUGGUUCCGCCUGAAGGGGGACGUCCUGUCGUACUAUCGCGACUCCCAGAAUCUCUAUUUCCCCAGCGGUCAAAUAGACCUCAGGUACGGCAUCUCGGCGAGCAUCAUAGACAAAGAGAAGGAAGGCCUAAACUUCUCCCUCGUCACCCAUCACCGAACCUACCAUUUCAGAGCCGACAGCAUGCCGAGUGCGAAGGAAUGGGUCAAGAGCCUCCAGCGGGUCAUAUUCAGGUCGCACAACGAUGGCGACAGCGUGAAGAUCUCGCUACCUAUUGAGAACGUGAUUGACAUCGAAGAGACACAGAUGCUCGAGUUUGCAGAUACCUGCAAGAUCCGGGUGAUUGACAACGACGAGACCUAUGCUAUCGACGAGUACUUCUUUUCCUUCUUCAGCUUCGGGAAGGAAGCUCUCGGCGUGCUCAAGAUCCUCAUCGAGGACUCGUCCGAGGCGCGCGAAGACAACAAGGCCCUUGGCGUGCCGCGCCGGUCCGAAGCACCAGGAAGCCCCCUUUCCCCGUCUUCGAACAGGUCUUCCAUGAGUGGUACUCGCCUGUCCAAGGCUCUUCCCAGCAAACUGGCCGAUAACGUCAGGGCUACCUUGGUGCCCAUGUCCAGCUCCUCAAGCCCUCGCGCGAGCGGUGACUUUACCCGAAGCAGCUUCGAUGCCUUCAAGCCGUUCAGCAGCCGCCGAAGCCUCGACGUCAGCCAGAUCACGGGCAACAGACUCGACGACAGGCGCACACGACCGGAAAUGCGAGGCAGCAGUGACUCGUACGUCCAGAGCUUGGAGGACCCAAGCCAGGCCAGCCUGUCCGCAUUGGUAACAUCGAGCAGCGACGAUCACGGUCCAUCCGCGAGUCAGAUCCUCAGAGGGAGCGACGUCUUUCACAGCCCAACCAUCCGGCGGUCGAGGUCGCCAUCGCGAGCAAGCGACCCCGAUGCCCAACUGGGGAGACGCGCGGGCAGGGCUCCUAAGCUGGCCCCACUCUCCACUCGGCAUGCCGCCACUACCGGCAACGUCGCCAAUCCCGCCUUCGGAGAAGGAGCACCCGCGACACCGACACUUCAGAGCAUUACCAAGAUGGGCACCUAUCCCCUGCAGCGGGCCGGGGCCUUCGCCGACUACCUGAACCGUCAGUCGCGUCGGAUGAGCAACCUCCUGGCAACCGAGUCCAUGGGCUACGUCGAGAAGGUCUCGGGCAUGUGGAAGGGCGGGAAGAAGCAUUACGACGAGCCCACCGGCUUCAGGACCGACGAAGAGGACAACGACGACGAUCCCGAAGACCGGGCCGCAUCGGGUAACCGCUUCCGUGCUCACUUUGCCUUGCCGGACGGUGAGAACCUCCAGGCCGCCUAUUUCGGCUACUUGAUGCGGGUUUUGCCGCUGUACGGAAAGGUCUACAUCGGUGACAACCACUUCUGCUUCCGCAGCCUGCUGCCCGGCACGCGGACGAAGCUCAUCCUGCCGCUGAAGGACAUCGAGAAUGUCGAGAAGGAGAAAGGUUUCCGCUUCGGCUACUCGGGUCUUGUGGUCAUCAUCCGUGGCCACGAAGAGAUCUUCUUCGAGUUCGGCAAGGGCGAGCUCCGCGAUGACUGCGCCGUUACCCUCAUCCAAAACCUUGAAGCGACCAACUAUCUGAAGGAGUCCGGACUCCUGGGCCGUGACGAGAUCGAGAGCGCCGAGGCUGCAGUUGCCGAGCGCGACGCCCUCCAAGAGGCGCGUCUGGAUGAGUACCCGGACCACGAGAUCAAGCUGCCCCGAGAGACGUCGGUCCUCAGUGACACGCCAACCAUCCUUUUCGACGACCCCAAGGCCUCCUUCCUGAACUUCAAGCCGCCCGAGCCCCUGCGCAUCACCUGUCUUACUAUCGGCUCGAGAGGCGAUGUGCAGCCGUACAUUGCCCUGUGCAAGGGGCUCAUGGCCGAUGGGCACAAGGUAAAAAUUGCGACGCACGCCGAAUUCCAGGGCUGGAUCGAGGGCCACGGCAUCGAGUUCGGCCUCGUCGACGGCGACCCCAACGAGCUCAUGCGCAUCUGCAUCCAGAACGGCACCUUUACCUGGGCAUUCCUGAAGGAGGCCAACUCCAAGUUUCGCGGCUGGCUCGACGAGCUGCUGGCGAGCUCGUGGACGGCAUGUAAGGACAGCGACCUGCUCAUCGAGUCGCCGAGCGCGAUGGCGGGCAUCCACAUCGCCGAGGCCCUGGGCAUCCCGUAUUUCCGGGCCUUCACCAUGCCGUGGACGCGGACCCGGGCGUACCCGCACGCCUUCAUCAUGCCGGGCCAGAAGAUGGGCGGCGCGUACAACUACGUGACCUACGUCAUGUUCGACAACGUCUUCUGGAAGGCCAUAGCCCACCAGGUCAACCGCUGGCGGAACAACGUGCUCGGCCUCCCCAACACGAACCUCGAGAAGAUGCAGCCCAACAAGGUGCCGUUCCUCUACAACUUCUCACCCUUUGUGGUCCCGCCGCCGCUCGACUACAGCGACUGGAUCCGGGUGACGGGGUACUGGUUCCUCGACGAGGGCGGCGACGGCAAGGGCAACUGGACGCCGCCGAAGGAGCUGACGGACUUUAUCGAGAAGGCGCGCAGGGACGAGAAGAAGCUCGUGUACGUCGGGUUCGGCAGCAUCAUCGUGCCGGACCCGGCCAAGAUGACCCAGGACGUCAUCGACGCCGUCCUCAGGGCCGACGUCCGCUGCGUGCUGAGCAAGGGGUGGAGCGACCGCAUGGAGACGGAGGCGGAGCAGGAGGCCAAGACGGAGGACGAGAAGGACCAGGACAAGGAGCGCGAGAAGAACAAGAAGCCCGAGCCGACGCUGCCGCCCGAGGUGUUCCUGAUCAAGUCGGCGCCGCACGACUGGCUAUUCGCGCGCAUGGACGCGGCGGCGCACCACGGCGGGUCCGGGACGACGGGCGCGAGCCUGCGGGCGGGGAUCCCCACCAUUGUGCGGCCCUUCUUCGGCGACCAGUUCUUCUUCGGUGCGCGCGUCGAGGACCUCGGCGUCGGCGUCUGCCUCAAGAAGUGGGGGGCCACGUCGUUUGCGCGGGCGCUAUGGGAGGCGACGCAUAGCGAGCGCAUGAUUGUCAAGGCGAGGGUUCUGGGGGAGCAGAUCCGGAAGGAGAAGGGCGUGGACGCGGCCAUCCAGUGCAUAUACCGCGAUCUCGAGUACGCCACGAGCCUGAUCAAGACCAAGGCGGGCAGGAACGCGUCGCGGCGGGACAACACGGCCUCGAGCACGGACGCCGACGGGGGCGACGGCGACGACGAGGCCGAGGAGGAGGAGGAGAGCUGGACCUUUGUCGGCGUGGACCCGGACCCGGACCCGGAUCCGGACGCUGCGCUGCGCCGUACCGUGGCUGAGGGGAUGGUGCUGGGGUCGCCGAGGGGGCUGGCCCUGGGGAGUCGGGCUUUGGGGGGAGGGAGGAAGGGCUGCGGAUGGGGGAAGAUGCGGAAUGAGGAGCCGUUUCAGACGCCUCGGGGCUGCUUACCUAGGAAGCUAUCUAGGCCAGCUCCUCCCACCACGAGUCUGGCCCACUCUCUGUUUGCCGAGCCAGGUCUCGAGCCCCGCGCGACGCAUUUAUCGACACCCAUCACAAUGGCCAAGACAAUCCCCCUGGGCCAGCGGCUUCGAUAUCCCGUCACAAUCGUCAAGCUCCUCAAGUCCCCCGGCGAUACCGUGAAGAAACAAGAGCCCAUGCUGCAGUAUUCGUUCAAGUGGAAGAAAGUGGUAGGCGACCAUAUCCGGGGCGACACCUGGGAGGAAACCCAAAAUACCAUCGCGACUUGGGACAGCCCCACAGACGGCGAGAUUCUGCAAUGGCACGUCAAGGAAGGCGAGGAAAUCGGCAGCGACGGGCCGUGCCUGGUUGUCAAAGAGGCCUGUUCCCACGAGGUGCAGUUCCAGGGGCUCUGCGCCAUCUGCGGAAAGGACAUGACCGAGGUCAACUGGGCCAGCGAGGCCCGCGACACGGAGCGCGCUCCCAUCAACAUGACGCAUGACCAGACUAGCUUGACGGUCAGCGAGUUGCAAGCACAGCGCGCCGAGCAGGAGCUGCAGCGGCGCCUCGUCGACCAGAGGAAACUCAGCUUGGUCGUCGAUCUCGAUCAAACCAUCAUCCAUGCCUGCAUAGAACCCACCAUCGGAGAAUGGCAGCGCGACCCGAACAAUCCCAACUACGAAUCCGUCAAGGAGGUCAAGAGUUUCCAGCUCAACGACGACGGCCCCCGCGGUCUCGCUACUGGCUGCUGGUACUACAUCAAGAUGCGACCUGGACUCGAGGAGUUUCUCAGCAAAGUCGCUGACAAGUACGAGUUGCACGUCUACACCAUGGGCACCCGCGCCUAUGCGCUGAACAUUGCGAAGAUCGUGGAUCCGCAGCAGAAGCUGUUCGGCAACCGGGUGAUUAGCCGCGACGAGAACGGAAGCAUGACUGCCAAGAGCCUUCAGCGACUGUUCCCCGUAAGCACAAACAUGGUAGUCAUCAUCGACGACCGUGCCGACGUUUGGCCGCGUAACAGGCCCAAUCUCAUCAAGGUCACCCCAUAUGACUUCUUCAAGGGCAUCGGCGACAUCAACUCGAGCUUCUUACCAAAACGCGAGGAUCUACUGGCCGCUCCACCCCCGCAGCCUCAGCCGCCGCUACCGCCACCGCCUGUCGACAACCCCGUCAGCAUUGCCGCGAACCCACAGGCCAGACAGAACGGUCCUUCCAACCUCCCCAAGGGCGAUAAGGUAUCGGCGUUGGAGGAGCUUGCCAGCAUGAGCGGAGGGGAUGACCCAAUCCUGACCAAGAAGCAAAUCGAGGAGCAGGAGCGCACGCUGGAGAAGCAGAUUAAGGACCGGCCGCUUCUCCACAUGCAAGAGAUGCUGGACAAGGAGGAUGAAGAGGCCGAAAAGGCUAGCGAGACGGAGAACGGCCACGAGUCCCCACCCUCCCAACCCCACCAACGGCACCAUCUUCUCCUGGAUAACGACUAUGAAUUGUCAUACCUGGAGCGACAUUUGACCAGGCUCCACGAGUUAUACUACGACGAGUUCGAGCGGAAGAAGAGCACCUCCCACUCGUCACUUCCUGACGUGGGACGAGUUCUCGACUCCCUCAAGGCCGAAAUCGGCCUCCAAGUAGCCAGCUUCGGCGCCGAACUUCGCGACAGGAUCAGCCGAGACACCACCCACCUGGUGAUCAGCAGCUCCAGGCCACGAACCCAGAAGGUACGGCAAGCUGCCAGGAUCCCCAGCAUCAAGAUCGUGAACCAAGACUGGCUGGGCGAAUGUCUCACGCGAUGGGAACGGGUGGACGAGACGCCUUACCUCGUGGACAUCCAUCCCGCGGACAGGGCUGGGGCAGCAGGUCUGAAUACGGCGGGGUUGUCAAACGAGAACACGGAUUUGAGCGACGCAGACGAGAGCGACGAGAAUGCGACCGGCAGCUCGAGAUCCCUCCGUGUCAACACUCGAGGGCUGCGGAUCGUGAGCGAGACUGGCGAAGCCCGCCCCGCGGACGAUGACGCUAAUUUUGACGAGGAGGACAGUCCCGACGACGUUGACGUGGAAGAAGAAGGCCUCAUGCCGUCAGAACUCGGCGAGGGGCAGCUCUCGCCAGUUGACGGCCUCAAGACCUUCAACUGGGGCGAGGCGGAUGAGGAACUGGACGAGUUCCUCGCCAGCGGGACCGACGAAGACGACGAAGACGACGACAGCCAACCACCGUCUUCUCAGGAGACCGAAGGCAAUGAAGACGACGAGGAAUCACAGGACGGGUCUCGCAAACGGAAACAUGCCGAAGACGGCGACGAGGGAGUGUCCGAGCCCGAGAGCGUUAGUGGAAGCGCCGGCAACCUAGCCAAGAAACAGCGCUUGGCGAGGAGUCGACCAUCCGGCCUGCGCGCCGAGUACCAUGCGGACGUUGACAGCAGUCUCCCGACGCCGCAGAUCACAGGCGAUGAAGAUGACGUCUCGCUCCUCAAGGUCGCCAACCCGAUCGGCCAGACCGAUGGCGCCGCCGACAAGGGUGAAGAAGCCUUCGACAUAAACGAGGACGAGUUGGAGGCCGACCUCAUCGCCGAGUUUGAAGCCGAGGAGAGGCAAAUGAGGGCGGUCGAGGGGGAGGAAGAGAAAGGUUAG